CUCAGCUCUGGCGGUUUAUGACAGACUACGACGGGCAUUUUUAUGCAGUCACUGUCAGCGACGCGCGGUUACGGGAGCUGCGCGGCGAGACUAAACUAAUCAGUGAAGUGAAGAAAGCAUAUACAUAACUACAUUAUUAGAGGUCCGUGAUUUCCACGGCUCAGCGUUAAAUGGGGUAAAAUCGCAAAAAUACGCUGCUGCCUGUGUGGCCUUUGUUUUCGGAGCCUAAUGAUUGGUUUAACGGUAGUUCGAGUUGAUACGCGCCAUUAGUCAGCUCGCGCGCGCACGCCGCUAUUUAGUUGAGUUUAGUCACUCGCCGCGCAGACGACUAAAUUCGCACAUUCAUAGACGUGUACUAGUAUACGCCGCCCCAUCACCCCGCCUACCGCACGCUGCUCGGAACCACGCCACGCGCGGCGAACGGUGAACAUUCCUUACUAUAUACAUAUGUACAAGUACAUAUGUUUGUUUGUCUUUUUGUACAUUAAUUUUGAUUUGCUUUCGAACGAAAUUGUGAUGACUUUUACUCCAAACUGUGCGCGCGUGUGUGUGUGUUUUAGAAAAUUAAAAAAAAAAGUUACGAAAAAGUGUGAAAUUCGUAAAAAAAUAAAUUUGUGCUUCCCAUCCAACAAAUAAUUUUUGUUAUUAUUGUUGUACAAAUUUCCUUACACUUAAAAGUUAAAAGUGAAAAAAUUAUUAUGAAGAAAGCGCUCAGCACCACCCAAGAGGAUGAGGCGCCUGAGGAGGGCGCUGUCGGCGAACAAACGCGCCGCACUCCGCCGCGUCUCAUGCAAAUGGGUCGCGCUUUCUCCGAAAUGUCACCGCUAAAUCCCGCCUCGGCUUCGCCCUCCUGUCGCAGCCCAUCGAGCGCGGCUGCUGGCGCCGCUUUGCAAAUUCGCCGUGACUCUGGCAAUUAUGGCAGUAUUUUUCCUUUUGGAUUUUUGCGUCUGUCCCUACAAAAGACCGGAAGCUCGAUACAGCAUCUCAAUCGCUACGGAGAUUCUAUGGGUUCACUAGCACAUCGAGCGCUCCUACAAUAUGUGGAAAAUAAUGACCUAUCCGGCUUGCGCGCUAUCUUAGAUAGUCGGCAUUUAUCCGUCGAUGAUCGUGAUGAGAAUGGCACCACUGGACUUAUGGUUGUUGCUGGACGUGGCUUAACUGUUUUUGUGCGCGAAUUCUUGGCACGCGGCGCAGAUGUCCAAGCGGAGGACAAUGACAACUGGACGGCACUUAUAUGCGCGGCCAAAAAUGGUCACUUCGAUAUCGUACAAGUGCUCAUUGAUCACGGCGCCGAUAUUGAGCAUCGUGAUAUGGGCGGUUGGACGGCAUUAAUGUGGGCCGCUUACCGUGGCCACACCGAUCUGGUGCGUUUUCUGCUCGAGAAAGGCGCGGACGUGAAUGUGCAUGGCAAUUAUCAUUUGGGUCCACUGCUGUGGGCAGCAGGUCGUGGCUUCAGAGAUAUUGUUGAAUUGUUGGUGCAACGCGGUGCUAAGGUGAAUGUCGGCGACAAGUAUGGCACAACAGCCUUGGUGUGGGCGUGCCGCAAAGGCAAUGCUGAGAUUGUCGAUACGCUACUAAAGGCCGGUGCUAAUGUCGACACAGCGGGCAUGUAUUCGUGGACACCACUGCUGGUAGCCACCUCAGGUGGACAUACAGACUGUGUUACCUCACUGCUGGAGAAGAAACCCAAUGUUAAUGCGCUGGAUAAGGAUGGCAUGACAGCGUUGGCGAUUGCGAGUCGUGAGGGCUUCCAGGAAAUAUGCGCGGCUCUUAUCGCCGCUGGCGCCUACAUCAACAUACAAGAUCGUGCCGGCGAUACGCCCCUCAUACAUGCCGUCAAGGGUGGUCAUCGUGGCGUUGUUGAAGCGCUGCUUAAGAAGCAUGCUGAUGUCGAUAUACAAGGCAAGGAUCGGAAAACCGCUAUAUACACCGCGGUGGAGAAAGGUCACACGCAUAUCGUAAAGAUGCUAUUGUCCACCAAUCCCGAUCUUGAGGCGGCGACUAAAGACGGUGAUACCGCGCUGCUGCGCGCCGUGCGCAAUCGUAAUCUGGAAAUGGUGCAAAUGCUGUUGGAUCGCAAGGCAAAGGUGACGGCGAGCGAUAAGCGCGGUGACACCUGCUUGCACAUUGCUAUGCGCGCGCGUUCCAAAGCGAUUGUGGAGGCAUUGCUGCGCAACCCCAAAAAUAGUCAACUCUUGUACAGAGCCAAUAAAGCCGGUGAGACGCCAUACAAUAUCGAUACCAUACAUCAAAAAACUAUACUGGGACAGGUGUUUGGCGCGCGUCGUCUCAAUACGAAUGAAGACUCGGAAGGCAUGCUCGGCUAUGAAUUGUACUCGUCCGCUUUGGCUGAUGUACUGAGUGAACCCACGCUAACCACACCCAUUACGGUCGGUUUGUACGCCAAAUGGGGUAGCGGUAAAAGUUUUCUGCUCAACAAACUACGCGAUGAGAUGAAUAAUUUCGCGCGCCAGUGGGCGGAACCGCCCAUCAAUACGAGUGGCUUGAUGUUCCUGGUAAAUCUGCACAUUGCGCUAGUACUGGGCACCGUAGUCGGCCUAUCUUCGUGGUCUGCCAUGUGGGGAGGUAUAGCGGCAGUGCUUUAUUUAGUGUUCACAUACCUCCUGCUUGCCAGUAUUAAUUAUGCCAACAACCAUAUGGACGUCUACUGGGCCUAUUCGGUGCAACAUGGCAUUAUGAAGCGCUUCGGUCGUCUACGUCUCAUAUUACAAGUGGCAUUCUGUCAUCCGCCCGGCGCGCAAGCGGACGCACAAGCGAAGCCGGUGCGUUUUCACUUUGCUGAGGCGAGUAGCGCGUCGCCUACGGGCGAGAGUGCGGUUACACAUAUGUUGGCUGCGCUCUAUGAAGCCAUCGAAUCGCACUAUGGUUGGCUGUCGACACGCUUGUAUCGCGCGUUUCGUCCCAAGGCGUUAAAAGUGACAUCCGGUUGGCGUUGGCGUCGCAUGUGUUGCAUGCCGCUUGUGAUCAUUUUCGAGUUAUGUCUGUUAACACUUAUUACGGGUAUCUCGCUCGUGGUGGCGUACUUCACGUACGCUUCGGCUGAGGAACAAGAAAGUAUACUCGUUUCGAUUUAUGUAAUUUGCGCGAUAUUAGUGACUAUUAUCUGCACGAAUUUACACGGACUGGCGAAGGCAUUCGGUUCGCUCUUCAUUUCACAAGGGCGCCAUUUGCGUCGCUCGGUGCGUCUUAAUGAGGGCGCGCCACUGACUGCAAUGGGCGCCGAGGUGGCGCUUAUGACCGAUAUGGUGAAGUGCCUGGAUGCUUUUACGAAUCAGCAAAGCCGUCUUGUGGGCGUGGUGGACGCAUUAGACUCAUGUGAUACGGAGCGCAUACUUUGUGUGCUCAACGCCAUACAAACGCUGCUCUCCUCGCCGAAUCGUCCAUUUGUUCUGCUCAUCGCUGUCGACCCGCAUGUUAUUGCCAAAGCAGCAGAGGCUAAUAGCAGACGUCUCUUCACCGAAGGUGGCAUUGGUGGCCAUGAUUUCUUGCGCAAUUUGGUGCACUUGCCGGUGUACUUGCAGAACUCUGGUUUGCGUAAAGUGCAACGCGCACAAAUGACCGCUAUGCUCUUCAAACGCAACUACAGUGAGUUCCCUAACGAGGAUGGUCCAACACUGGGACAUUCGGUGUCGGCACGUCGCUUGUCCAAUGCAUCAGAAAUAAUGUCCAGUCAAGAGAAACUGCGCACCUCGCACAAUCCCGGACGCAGCGGCAAGAAGAUGCGUCUCUCCGAGUCGGUGGCCAGUUCUAUUGGCUCGAAUUUGCAUCGUUUGGGUCAGAAUCCGCAGGGCGUGCUCGAUCUGUCGCGCAUCAUGUUAACCGAUGACUACUUCAGUGAUGUGAAUCCGCGCAGUAUGCGGCGUCUCAUGAAUGUCAUCUACAUAACCGUGCGUCUACUGAAAGCAUUCCAAAUAGACUUUAGUUGGUAUCGUUUAAGUUCUUGGAUCAAUUUAACGGAGCAGUGGCCGCUGCGUGCCAGCAUGAUUGUGCUGCAGCACGACAACUUCAUGGAUUCGUACGACGAUAAUGUGUCGCUGCAAGCUGUCUAUGAAAAAGUACGCCCGAAAAUCGCUUGCCUACGCGAGGCAGCACCGCUGCUCGAGCUCGAUCGCGAUGAACGCAAAUUGGAUGCAUUCUUGCAGUUGCACAAAUCGGAUUUGUUAGUGGCGGAUUUGCGCAUAUUUCUGCCUUUCACUAUCAAUCUCGAUCCAUAUUUGAGAAAAGUUUUGAAAGAGGACCAACAAUCAAUCGAAGAUGAAGGCACGCUAAUGCUACAGAAUAAGCCGAGCAUUAAUCCUGCCGUACGCAUACCCCCACCAACACCGACGUAUGUGCCUUCGCCCGCUGCUUAUCCGCCAUAUCAAUUAUUCCACAACGACUAUGAGUUGAGACAUCGAAAUGCCAGUAUAAAUUCGGAGCCAGCUAUGACGCCGCUAAUCGGCUCGCCAAGUGAUUCGUUUGGUGAUGACGUGCUGCAGACAAAACUAUCCGACUUGACAGUGGAAGGUGUCAUCAGCUUGCUGGAGCGCGUCGAUGACUUGCGACCCGCUUUACCGAAAUUGUCACCUAUUCUCAAAGAGAAUGCCAUAAACGGGCGCGUACUGAAAUACUGCGAUAUUAACGAUCUGAAAGGGGUGCUCGGUCUCAAUUUUGGCCACUGGGAAUUAUUUAGAUUACUUAUAAACACAUUGCGAGACUGUGAAAAAUUGCAACGUAAAUUCAAGCCAACACCGGCGAUAGCCGAUGUGCCAGCUUCAAAUGCGCCAGCACCAAAAGACAGCACAGACACACAUACGCUGGCGCCGAGUCAACCGCAUUCGCGCAAAAACUCAACCACGAGUCAUAUGGAAAAGCAGGUCACGCUGGAGGAGCAAAUGAUUUGCGGCGCUUUGCAAACCCUCAACGAGGAGGCCUUCGAGGAUGUGGCGAGCAGUGAGCGACCCAGCCCAUCGGGUUUGCCUACAGGUGAGAUGUUAGCUGCAGCUGCACAACUGCAAUUAGCGCCCAUACGCGAGUCAUCGGAAUUCGGUUCACCGUCCGAUGACCUCAAAUUUAAUCACUUCCUACAGUAUGCCAACAAUAACAACUACGGCAAUUUUCAUACACAACAACAUAAUCACAGCGACAGCACGCAUUCGCUGCAAAGUAUCGGUAUUGGUGGUGGUGGCGGUGUUAGUGUUGGUGUUGUUAGUAAUAACACUAUCCAUAUGGGUAAUGGAGGCACUGGCAUUUUUAAUAAUAGUAAUAUUGGUAGUGGUGACAUGUAUAAGUUGCGUCAUAGUAUUGUUGGUGAUGCCAGCACUCAAGCGGCCGUACAAUUGUUGGCUAAUCAACAACAACAACAACACCAGUUGACAGCUGGUGGGCAUGGUCAUCAUCGCAAUCAGCGCCAUCACUCGGUAGGUGAUGAUUUGCUCUAUGAAUCCCUAAUGCCUCAACAACAACUGCGUUCACCUAUACAACAACAGCAGCAGCAACAACAACGCAAUACAGUACCAACAGUUGUUGUCAUACCAAAUACAAAUGGUGAUCACGAUAUCAGCGAUACGCCUCUAUAGUAAAGCAAGGCGUUAGAUUUCGAAAAAUAUUUAUUUUCGAAUUGUCGAACAUUCUUUUAGUAACUAUGCAAUAUUACGGUGCCAGUAACAAAUGCAAUUAUCUAAACUAGUAAAUACACGUAUAUAUUGUAUUGUGGUUAUCGGUCACAAACCCUCCCAGAACUGCACCACUAAUAGCACACAGUUUGUUAGCACAGUACCGUACACACACACAUAUACACGUACACUCACAGGCACUUGAAGUAUUAACAACUUUGUGUUACCACAUUUGUACAUUUGAAAUGGAGUACAUUUGCGAGGUGACAGCGUCACGGUAUGCACUCAGAGCCCGAGAACUUUCAGAUUUUAUCCAAUCUAGUCGAGUUAUAUAAGAAAUGCUAUUUGGAGCGCCAUUUAGCGCAGUAUUAACGCCCUCUUUGUGUGUUAACGGCUUUAGUUUUGAUUUUUGACAAAAUUUAAAUAAAUUUGACAAAAUUCAUAGCUGAAUUUACCUAGCCAGAGAAUAUAUAGUUUUUGUCAAUAUAUUUUAUUUGAAAAAAAAAAACACAAGAAAGUUUUUAAAAACACGAUAAGUCAUAUAAAUUAAAAAAAAAAAUCGAUGUGGAGAAAUAUUGGAACUGAAAAUACUGGACGACUUUAGUUUCAAAAAUAUUGUUUUGACCUGACAUUUUAAAAAACCAUCUUUCGAUUCAAAAUUUUAGUUUUUUUCUUAAAUAUCAAACGUAAAAUAAUUUUUUGCAAGAGCUUUUGAGAGAUAUUCCGAUUUUUAGAAAAUUUGUUUUGAAACAUAAAAUCAAAUUAAAUAUAAAGGGUGAUCCAUUUCGAGGUUUCCCACUUUUUUAAAGAAAAAACACAGAAACUUCAAAUUUAAUGUGGAAUCUUUAUUAUUAUUCGAAAAAAAAACAUUAUUUGGCACUUAUUUUUUGAAGAUUGUCUUUUUCAAAUGUUGGGUCCAAUUUUCGAUCACUCGCUCGAGCAUAUCGACCGGUAACUGGUGAAUGAUAAGCCUGAUGUUUUGCUUCAAGGCCUGAAUCGAAGCGGGUCUGUCCGCACAGACUUUAAAUUUUACAUAUCCACAAAGGAUAAAGUCUAACGGUGUGAUACCACACGAUCUUGAUGGCCCAUUGACCCAAAACGUGAAAUUAUCUGCUCACGAAGUGUUUUCUCAAUAAAUCCAUUGAUUGAUGGGAAGUGUGGGAAAUGGCGCCGUCUUAUUGAAGCCAAAUGUCACCGAGAUCACGAGCUUUAAUUUUAGGCGUUAAUUAGACGGUUAUCAUGGCGCAUUAAUUUUGAAAUAUGGAGCGAUGAUUCAAGCGACCUUUAAAACACAGUAAACCAUUGUUUUUUUUUAUGAAAUGACAGCUCUUGAAUCUCUUCAAGUUACUCUUCACCCCAAAUGCAAUAAUUUUGCUUGUUUACAUACCAAUUGAGCCAGAAAUUGACCUCAUCACUGAAAAAAUUUUGGCUCUGAAGCAUCGGAUCUUCUUUAAGAACCCAUAGAGCAAGUGAUGUCGCUUGGAAAGUUCGAGCGGCUUCAGUUCUUGCACAAGCUGUAUUUUGUACGCUUUCAAUUAAGAUUUCGACGCCAAGUCUUCCCAUACGUUAGUCCGAGUUGCUGCGAACGUCACCGAAUCGACUCUGACGAAGGCCGUCGUGUACACCCUCAGCUACGGCUGCUAUAUUGUCUUUGUUCCGUGCUAGACGUGAUCUAAUCGGUCGAAUAUUAUCCAAUAAUGAAUGCUGGGUUUCAAGAUGGUGUCAGUUGGCCGAUUAUGGUGACAAUAAGUUGAGCGAAACGUUUGACACGACUCACUCGUUAUAUGUCAAAAAAAGGCUAUUGAAAAAAGUACCUCUACUUGGAUCACCCGUUAUAUAAUGUUGCCAUAUUAUAGGACAAUAUUUUCGUCGAGAAAAGACGCGCUUUAGUUAGAAAUAAUAUAUUUUAGUAAAAUUCUUUGAAUUUAGAAAUUUGCCUCUUCAAUACAUUAAUUUAUGUAAUUAUAAAAAGGAAAACCGUUCGUUUUUACAUAGUUAAAAAUAAUUAGACACUACACCUAAAUAUACACAAGUCAGCAACAUAUACAUAUACAUACAUACAUAAAUAUACAUAUAUACAUAUAUGCUAUGUAAAACUAAACUCUACACACUAGGGUUACAUUUUAGAAAACCAGCUCAACAACAACAGUAAUUAAUUUACAAAUUAACAGUUAUAAAACUAUAAAUCAUAGACGGAAAAGAAUAAACCAACCGACUCUGCUCUUCAAUUUUGAAUAUAAACAACAAAUAUUUAUAUUUUUAUAUAUUUUUUUUACUAACUUAUAUACUUUUGUACAUGUCUGCAUGCAUAUGAAUCUGCUCAUUUGAACUAAAACAAAAUUUUUAUGGAAAAAAUUGCAUUACAUAAAAAUUAAACGUUAAAGAAAUGACAAAACUACGAACAUAUCUCAAGCUAAGCUUGACUUCAAAAGUUUUAAAGCGUUUUAGGUUAGUUGCGAGUAAUAAAUUGAAAUAAUAAUAAUAUUAAUGGCCAGAUAGGAGUAAAGUAUAGAAAAUUUGGUGUUGAAAAAUUUUCGAACGCUUUCUAAAGAGCAAAAAUAACAAUAAUUAUGAGACUAAUCAAUAUUUUUUAAUUGAUCACUUACAUAUAUUGGGACAAAAAAACACCCGGAAAUUGUAAUUAAAUUUGGAUAUGGAUAAAAUAUCGAACACAGAAUUUGUCUAUUUUUUUUUUAUUUCUAACCAAGUUUCGUGUGCGGAAUUGUGGCGAAUGUUGGAAAAGACUUAAAGUGAUUCAGUUUUAUCGAAAACACAAGCCUACGAGUGGUAUAAAGUCUUCAAGGACGGUUGAGAGAUCGUUGAUGAAAUCCCUGUUCUGCAUUAAUGUAUUAAAAAAGUGAAGAAUAUGGUACUUGAAAAUCGUCAGACAAGUGUUAGAGAGAUAGCAAGAGAGUUUGACAUCUCUCGGGCGUCCAUUCGAAUGAUUUUGGUGGAUACUUUGGAUAUAAAAUGGGUUUUUGCUCGACUCGGCCCGAUAAAGUUGAAUUUUUUUCGCAUGGAGUUACGAUUGUGACCUAAUUUAAACAAAAUUUGCCGAAGGAGCUAAAGAUCAUACCAAAAAGUGAUUUUGAAAAGUGUUUCAAGGACUGGAAAAUCGUUGGUAUAAGUGCUUUACAUCUGGUGGGGAUUACUUUGAAAGCAACAAAAAAAAUAUUGAUGAAAAAUUAAAUAUUUUGCUUUUUAUUUACAAUUUCCGGGUACUUUUUUGUCACAAUGUAUAAGAUUCAUGGAAUUUAAGCAAAGCUUUUCCAUAUCAGAAUUUCACUAAAAGGAAAAAGACCUGCCCAUUUCUGUGGUGUCGGGUCUAAGGAACGGAUCUGUAAGGAUCUAAGCUGCCUAUUCAGCACUAUUCUUCGAAAUUACUUCAGGAAUGUUUUCUGUUAAUGCAACAACAACAACACAAAAUACUUGCUUUAAUUUUAAUUUGGCCAUGUUAAUAAGCCUCCACCCACCGAAUGGCAGUUACAAAAUCGACUACGAAUAUAAAAGCGAACAUAACCACAAUCUCGCAAUAAAAAUUUUAAACAGAAUAAUGCCUAGUUUGUUUUUUUUUAUAAUAGGGAUGUUACGAUUUUAUCGGCACGAAAAUAAUUUACACAAUCUAAAAAAAAUUUAAAGCAUAGAUACCAUGAAAAGGACAAAACAAAAAUGCUAACCUAAAAAAAUUGCUUUAGAUGGCAGUUUAACGUUUGUUUUCACACAUCAAAGUUAAUUAAUGAUUAAAAUCACAUUCCAUUACAUUUAUUGGCAGACUCAAGUUAUGUAUGUAUGUUUAUAAAAGUUGAAUCAAUUCGCUUGCAUGACGACUGGAAAUUUUAGUUUAAAAUGUGUUUACUCAAUAAGCGAAAAAUAUUUUUUUUAUCCGAUUUUUGAAAUUUUUACUAAGUUUAUGGCAUAUUGCAUUGUUGAGUUAUGCAUAAUUAUCAAAUUUCCUAUUUUUAUUACUUUUUUUUAUAAUAAUAAAAUUAUUUAUUAUUUUUAUGCACACGAACAUUACACACACACAUACAAUACAUACAUACGAAUGUUGAAUUAAUUAACUACACACAUUAUAUUGCAUAGAAAAUUGUUUGUUACUAAUAAUAAAGUGCUUAUGCAUACAUAAACACAUUUUAUAUAAAAAAAAAAAUAUCAUAAACUUAAACUCUAGUGCAGCGGGCUUUGAACCUAUUUUAAACUAAUUUACGUAUAGCGAAGACUUUAAAACUAUCAUAAAUGCAUGUUUAAUUGUUUAAGCAAAAAUAACCGUUUCAUAAACUAUAAAAAAAUACACAUACAGUAUAUGAGAAAAGUAUGCAUACAAUGGAUAAAUGUUUGUGAGCCUAACUGAUGCCUAGUAUAUACUAUAUACAUACAUAGUUACACAAAUAUAGUAUAAUAUCAUGUAUAGACUAACUAACUGUGGUAGCGUUACAUAAAUAUAAUGAAAAUAUGCUAAAACUAACUGUAGAGUAUUGAAAAAAUAGUAAAAAAAUAAAUAGAAAUAAAAAUAUUGAUGCAAAUGUGUUAUAGCAAAUAUAUAAAAUAUGCAAAAUAUACUAACGUGCGUUAAAGUAACGAUUAAUUAUAGUAUUAGAAAACAAAAGUAAAAAGAAAAAUAUUAAAAAAAAAAAUUAUAAUAAAAAUUUGAAAUAAAUUAUCCAG